AUGGGUUACUAUUGGCCUACGAUGCCAUUUGAUGCAUGGGGUCUAGAUGUAGUUAGCCCAUUGACCAAGUCUUCUGCAGGCCACUUAUAUAUCUUGGCUGCCACAGAUUACUUCUCCAAAUGGACUGAAGUCGUCCCACUUAAAGAAGUCAAGAAAGAAACUGUUGUUGACUUCAUCAAAUCCUACAUUAUUUAUUGGUAUGGUGGACCUCACUACAUCAUCACUGAUAAUGGAAAGCCUUUCUACAACAGUCUAAUAGAGAAAUUUUGUGAAAGAUUUGGAUUUAAGCAACGCAAUUCCUCAAUGUACAAUACACUUGCCAACGGACUGGCAGAGGCAUUUAACAAAACUUUAGGCAACCUAUUGAAAAAGAUUCCUUCAUUAAGGAUAGCUAUACAGAAAGGUCUCAUUGAUGAUAAGAAUGCAAAACUACGCCUUGCUGUGUUAGAAGCAUUGGAUGAAAAGAGAUUUGAAGCACAACAAAAACUUGAGUGUUUCCAAGCUCGACUCUCUAGAGCUUUCAAUAAGAAGGUUAGACCCCGGUCUUUUCAAGUUGGAGAAUUGGUAUUGGUUGUUCGAAGACCUAUCAUCACCACCCACCGAACCAGCAACAAGUUCUUGUCCAAGUGA